CUGGGGCCCUGGCUCCGCGCCAGCUCCAUCAGAAUUAGCUCAUUGUUCACUAGCACACCAGCGGGAGAGAGAGGGAGGAAGAGAGUGACUCUUAGGGAAGGAGACACACACACACACACACUCUUGGAGAGAGCGCGCGCGAGGCAGGGAGCUCUUCCCCUCCUUCUUUUCCAAGGCUGCACUUCUUGGAAGUGAAGCCGGUUUGGGUUUUGUUUCCCUUCCCCCUCCUGCCUCCUCCCUCUUCUUCCUCCACCCCUUUCCCCUCCCCCUCCGCCUCCCUCUCCCCACUCCCCCAUCUGUCUUUCUAGCAUGAUGCCCUUUUUCAUCCACAUUUGUGUUUCAGGUGUAGAGAGGAGAGAGAGUGAACGGGGAGCGGGGCUUUUGUCUGUUGGUCUCCCUGGACUGAAGAGGGAGAAUAGGAGCCCAAGACUAAGAUUCUCAAAAUGGUGCCACCGUUGAGCUCUCGGCGGUCUGAUUGAGGCAGUCAUGCCAGUAGAACAGAACCUACCCGGGUUUCACGGGGUUUAUUACCCAGAACUCUCUGUCUGGGUCAGUCAGGAACCAUUUCCAAACAAGGAAAUGGAGGGAAGGCUUCCUCAGGGAAGACUUCCUGUCCCCAAAGAAGUGAACCGCAAGAAAGACGAUGAGAUGGCCGCGGCCUCCUGGACUCCACUGGGUGGCAAUGAACUCCGCUCCCUGAGAAUCAGUUACCUCUACUUUUUUUAAUCGUAACACCUCCAUUUGUAUUACAUAUGGUGUAUGGGUAUUGAUGAGGUCAUGGUAUCAUAUAUGGGAUUUUUUUCUGUGUAAAUCAUCAAGUAUAAGAAGAAACUAUGGGACUCUGAGCCUUGCUUUAGAGAAUUUACAGUGGACAAAUAGCUAUCAUCAAACCAGUUUUUAAUCAUCCUGACUCAAGUGAAAACGCUCAGAAUUUCACACUGUGAAUCCACGUUUACAACCCUUACAGGUGGGCCCUCAGGCCUGGUUCGCUACGACAAUGUCUUCCACAACUCAAACUCCCACUGUGCUCACACAACCGGUCCACUCCGCCUCCCUCACACAGCUCCCGACUGCUUCUGGCAGAGGCUGAGAGUCCCCAUUUUUUUUUUUUUUUUCAUUUAGAUGUAACAAGCCUAGUAGUUUAUGUUCAUCAAUUGUCUGUAUAUCUCUCUAUUUUAUCCAUGUACUCUUUUGAUGUAUAGAAGUAGUUUGAAACUCAUUGUUUCCUUGUGGUAAGUGACCGAGGUGCUGCCACAGGACCUGAGACACUGAUGAAUGGUGCUAUUUUGGACUUUCAACAUGCUCCUUGGCGAGGUAGCUCUGAUGGAGUUCUUUUUUAUUUCCAUGUUCUAAGAAGGUGUUGGUACUCUGUUUCCCUGAAUGUCGUUCUCUAGACUGGACUGACUUUUCUCCUCGUGUCUUCAGUGUAGCUUUCUUCCUCAGUGCUGUAGGCUGCGUGAACCGACCAGAGAGGGUGAGAGGCUGUCGUCUCCUUGGCUGGCGCCCACAGGCAUGCAGUCGCGGGAGCAAUCACAAAACUGUAAUCCACUGAACCAGCCCCCUUCCUUUACGUAGUAGCCUCGCCUGCCUGACUUAGAGAAAGAAAAGCAAUAAUUUUACAGGCAUUUUGAGGUGUCUCUUUGGAUUCUUUCUGUUGGAAAGGAUAUUGGGGGGGGGGAAGGGGCAAGCUCGUUUUUUUUCACAUGCCCUUGGAAAAAAAUUCCCAAACAGCGACGUUGAAGUAGGAAUAUGACAAUUAUAUCUUAAAAAAAAAAUUAAGUUGGAAAAGAUGACUUUAUAAAUUUAUUUUUAAGGCAGAGCGCUCUUUUUUGGUGGUUUUGAUAAGCAAGGUGUAGAGUUUACAUUUUUGUCCUUGCUCCCAAUGAAGUGGAUAAACAAAAAUAAAAUAUCAUCUACUCAUGGAAUGUUGUUGUGUUAGCCAGUCUGAAAGCCCACCUUAAUUUUUAUAUACCUGUCUUUUAGCUCUUCCUUUGACAGGGCAGGCCUUGUUCUGAACUGUUCUGCUUCUGACUGUUACACACCCCCACGCAUGCGCUGCUCUUCGGCCUUCUCUUCCCGCGCUCCCGUGGGCCUGAGUUUCUUGUGCGUCCCCCUCCUCCUUCGUUAGAAUAGGUAUAUCAGCUGUGUAAAUAGAGCAAGAAACAGUAUUCUGCAUCUGUGGCAUUUAUGUAGAGUUGCAGUUGUGUACUGCUGCAAUGCAGGCUUUUGUAACCACGUGGUCUUUACUGAUGCACUCAUGACAAGUACCCAAUGUAUUUUAGCUAUUUUAGUAGUAUUUGUUCAAUAAAUAUGCAAGCUGUAAGGU